CAACAUUCUUCAUUUUCAACUUCUAUUAUUCUUUUGUAUAUUUUUUUAUUUCACUUUUUCCGUUUUGUUUUGUGUAAAAUUUCCUUUUCGUGCCAUCAAAGACGUCUCCCCGUAGUACCCACCUCCUUUCAUACCCCAAGAAACCAAGAGAAUUAUAUAAAAUAUGGCACCAGCCGAUGUAGAGUAUUUGGCCAGUUUACGCUCGGUUCGAGAACAAUGCUUUCGAGUACAAGAAGUUGCUGCUAGGAACCAAUUACAGCACUUUGAGGUUGACCAGACGAAAUUCAACGACAUGGUGCAAUACGUGCUGUCUUUAAUGAAGCGCGAUUUUGACGAUACGAGCGAAAUCCCCGUACAUGGUCGUUGGCGCCACUUUGAUAUCGGUGGCCGUCCUCGGAUACAGAACCUGAUCAAUUCUUGGGCUAGUCUCGGUGAAAGUACUAUGGAACAGACGCGUCGGGUUUUGGACUUGUUUGUCGUCUCGGUCCUCUUGGAUAUCGAAACUGAUCAUACUUGGUCGUAUCAGGAACAACUGACUGGUCGGGUAUUGAAGCGAAACGAAGGCAUUGCCGUGGCGUGUCUGGAGAUGUUCACUGCUGGCGCCUUUUCAAGUGAUCCUAGCAAGCCUCAUCGAGUUGACUCUGAGGCGCUAUUCCGAUUCAGCUUGCAAACAUUGGCACAAGGCUUUCAAAUUGAUCCCAAUCAUAAUUUACUCGUAGUGCUCCAGGACAGAGUAGAUCUCUUGCGUCACUUGGGCCAGGUACUACAAAGCCGUCAAGAUUAUUUUGGCGCCGACGUGGCACGACCAGGCAACCUGAUGGAUUAUCUGCUUGCUCAUCCAACGACGAUCAAUACAAAAAAAGGCCCCCUGAUUCAUUUGGAAACCUUGUGGCCAGUGGUGCAAGAAAUGGGCGAAGCAUGGACCUACAGCGACAACUCGGGUAAGGGCGGGACUCAUGACCUGGGAGAUGUCUGGCCAUGCAAAGCCAUCCAGAACAUUACGACAACGAACGAGUUUGACCAUUGGGUUUCUUUCCAUCGCUUAUCGCAAUGGCUGGUCUAUUCGCUGAUUGAGCCCAUGGUAAAGCUGCUAGGUGCCACCAUCGAAGGCACAGAGCAACUGACCGUCUUGCCUGAAUAUCGCAAUGGCGGUCUUUUGAUAGACACUGGGUUUCUGACCCUCAAACAGCCCGACUUGGAACGUGGGCUGGAGAAUUAUCGAAAAAAUGCUUUAUUGCCUGGCCAGCCCAAGGUCGAAAUUGCUCCCAUGUUUGAAAUGUCGGACCCGGUGGUGGUUGAAUGGCGUGCCCUAACUGUUGCUUAUCUCGAUAUCGUGGCUGAACGCGUGCGCGAGACGUUGGGCCUCAAUCGAAAAAAGCUAAGCCUAUCUCAAUUGAUUCAAGGUGGAACCUGGAGUGCUGGUCGAGAGUUGGCAGAGAUUUCUAGGCCCAAUACUCAAGAGCCACCGAUUGUCAUCAAGAUCGACCGACACGUUAUCUAUUAAAACAAACCAUCAAUACCGCAGACAUCUAGUCUUCUUUGCGUUGAACGGCACCAGAUGAUAACUACUACUACUACCGCUUUUACUAUCUGCUCAAAUUUUGCAUAUCGUCAUACUGCUACUGGUCGUAUACCCUGUCCAAUAACUACCGACCAGCGUUAUUUUUCGUUGCACUCUAUCUCCUUGUGUUUCUUGCUUCUAUGAGAAGCUUAUUCUCUUAAUGUUUGCAUCAUAUAUACUUUUCUAAUCGAUAUAUAUUAUCUACCUCCUUUUUCUCUAUCCAACUCAUAUUCUCUCAGUAUAAAAAUCUUGCUCAUACACCCCUCACGUUUCUUAGCAAACACCACUCAUCAUCAAGACUCAUUAUAGCUAUCAUCGUUAAAACCAAUAAUCGACUAAAGCCUAUUAUUAUUAUCAUUAAAAAGUG